CCCAUCGCUUCCUCUUGCCGUGCGGGUGCCCGCCGCCGGAGAAGAAAGACAGAAAAUGGCGAGUCAGUGUAAAAGGCAGCAAUGCUCCAUCGACAGGCGCGGCUUUCGACAGGAACUGGACUCUUGGCGGCACAAACUCAUCCACUGUGUAGGUUUUGAGAGCAUUCUUGAAGGUCUGUUUGGCUCAGAGCUGGUAGAAGAAUUACAGAUAUUUAAGGAUUUGGAGCCUGUAGCAUCAUCAUCUGACUGGUCAUUUGAUGAAAAUUGUUUGUUCUGUUGUUUUCGACGAGAUAAAGUAAAGGAACACUUGAUUGGCUUAAGUAGCGAGGAGAGUUUCCAAGAUCCGCUCAAACCUCUCCCGGUGAAUGAUCAGACCACCGUCAGCAGAUUAGAGAAGCAAGCAGAGGAAUUUCUCAAUGCAGUCCUCUGUAAUAAAGAUGUGCCAAGUUUCUCCGACCCACACAUCCCAGUAGUGGCGCGAGAGAUCCUCCAGAGAAUGAUCCGACAGUUUGCCACCGAAUAUACCUCAAAAACCAGCUCUCCUCAGGAUAGUGGUUCAGAAACCAAGCCAAGCUCGGACCAAAGCCCGCAGACCCCAGCCGUGACUUCUGGGGCUCCACCCAGCAGCCCCUCUGCCGUGGUGGCGAGGCCUGCACAUAGCCACAACCCCGUCCUCAGCAAGCUCCUCAUGGCGGACCAGGACGCCCCUCUUGAUCUCACAGUCAAGAAACCCCCGUCUGAGCCCACAGAGCAAGAGGGAGUCCUUGACUUGUCCAUCAAAAAGAGUCGCCAUAGCAGCAGUUUGCCCAGCAACAGUCCAUGCCUUUCUUCUAAGGUAUCUACAAUCAAGAGUGAGCGUACAGUCUUGCCUAUUGCAAUGGCAAAAGAACUGCAGUCCACCUCAACACUGGAACAGUUCAUGGCCAAACUCUGCCGCCAUCAUCAGAGACAGAUUGUUGACGCCAUAGGUUUCCUGCAAACUGAGGUCAAGGCACUGGCGGCUUCCAAGACACUGCAAACUAAUAACUCCACCUUUGAAAUCCAGGGAACAACCAGCUCCUACCCGAUCACACCUGAGAAGUCAUGCUUGAAUCUUAAGUUUCCCUUGGAAUCGACACCGAAAUCUGAAGUACUGGAUAUGUCCUGUCCUACCCAAAGCAAGUGUGUCACUGAAAACCUUCUCAAGACUGCACUUCUAUUGCCAACGUCUGUUUCCUCUAGCCCUGUGUUGGAUCUUCAAAGCCCCCAGUCAAGUAGCAGUCCGUGUGACCAUGCUCCUCUUAAGAUGAAAAUAAUGAAAAGCAGUAAUGUUGCUGCUGGUAAAAAGUUAUCUUGUGUGCUGACCACCUCACUUUCGUCUGACUCUGGUACUUCGGAGGCCCGACAAAAUAACUCCAAUUUACCCAACAGAACAGAGACUCAUAGCGCUAGACUAAGCUCCUCUCUGAAAAAACAAAAUCUUCUCAGUCACUCGCAUCCUGCUAGACAGAGAGGAGCUGUUUGGCACAACAAAAAUUUACCAAUUAAACAAUAUUCGCCUCCUGAGGCUACUACUGUAACUCCAACACGAAAUGCCAGGAAGACAAUUCGGCCAGCCAAUCAGCAACAGACUCGACACGCUCCUUAUAGGAUGGUUGAUCCAGAUCUAGGCAACUGUGACAUUGUUUAUAUUGACAAACCCAUUACUGAGUGCUUUAAAGAACAACAGCGUAACUUGCUUCCCCGCCGCAAUGCCCGGAAAAGCACCAGGGGACAUUUGUACACAGAUGAAAUUUGGGAGUUAAAAACGGUCCGCACGUUAGCUGGAAGAGGCAACUGUCCUAAUCCAAUGCCAGAGUUAAUCACACUGGUGACUCCAAAACAGAUCCUUUCAAAGCCAGAAGGUGUACCUCCGGUGGAUAGGCCUUUAGCUGGAGCAUGUAAAGAGAGAAUAAGUGAGCAAAUGUCCUCAAAAGAGUCUGAUGAAAUAGUGAUACCAGGGACAGGUGAAGUGGUAGAGGUAGCAGCCAGUGAAGCUGACAUUAUAGUAGAAACCAGUCAGACAGAUCAGUGUCAGAACAAGUUAGAAGCCCCUCAACCUCAAGUAAAUUCUCUAUCUGAGAACAUAGUAACAACUAUCAGCACAAAUGACCUCCAAUUAGAGGAGGGAACAUCCUCUGAGUGCAAGAAAACAUCGCAAAGUGAGGAAAUUGCGGCGCAGACCACAUUUGAAGCAGAAAAGGAACAAGAACCUGAACCUGAACAAACCAAAUUUACUACAGCAAUUGUGUCACAAACAGAACAAUCAGAGGAAGCCAACACAGAAGAAGCUGAAGUUCAAAUUCCAUGUAAUAAACUGCAUGACAGUGAGACUUUCCCCCUCCACACGAGCACCCCAUCACCCAUGGAACAUGAGGGGACGCAGGAAAAUGAGAAUGCCUCAGACAUUGAGGGGCCACAAGAACCUCAGCCGAAAAAGCAGACAUUCUCAGAUAACCUUGAAGAGAAUGAAACAUCUUUGACAUCAGGACCAUCCGAAGAGCAGCUGUUGAGUGAGCAAGAAAGUACAGCAGCUGUCGAUGCUGAAGGUAUUUUGCCUGUACCAGCGUUUGAAGAAGAUGAUGAAUGUGAUAUUUCCUCAAAGACAAUGGAUUCUCUCCUGAAGGAAUUACCCCCUUGGCGUAGAAAAAAAGGCACUAUGAAAAAUAUGCCAAAGAGGUUAAAGCAAAUGGAAACGGUGAUCGUGGGCUAUGUUAAUGGAAGACCUGUAUCAGCCUCUGACAGGAGUCUGCGCCGUAGAUCAAACAGCAGUGGCACAUCACCCACUAAAACCCCAGUGAAACAAAUUCAGAGAGUUCCCAAACAUGCUCAAGCCGACUCUCCAGAGACCGUGAACCAAGAAAAAAAUACAACUGAAUCAGAGGUGUCUACAGAAGCCAUUGUGAUCACACCUGAACUUCCUCCAGUGGCAACCUCUGACAUACCUGAAAACCCUACAGUUAAGAUCUCCCCCAAAUCCAAACCAAUCCAAAACCAAAAUCAAGGCCAUGAAGAUGAUCCACUGGAUUCUGGCAAUGAAACCAAACGACAACUAAGAUCACAACUAAGAUCAGCCGUCCAGAAACCUGCCGAAACUUCUCUAUCAGCGCCUUCUCCUAAUUGUAUUUUACCCCCUGCUCCUGCAGCCAUGCCCCCCAUUUCUCCUCCUCCUCCUUUGACAGGUUUGACUUCACCUGCAACUCCAGAACAGUCUCAACCAAGCACAGUCCAAGAGACAGAGGUGGAGGUAAAUAGUCAAAAAACUCCGUCAACAGGCAGUCUUUCAGAAGAAGUCCAAAGUAUAUUGGUUAAACAAACAUUAAGAUCUUCACAGGUGGCUGUAGAAGAAAGUAAAAACGAGACUCAUCAGCUUGACACUGACUUAUCAAGCCCAUUAGAAGAUGAGAUUAAAAUGCAGACAAGGAUGACACCAUUAAGAGGAAAACGGGUCCUCAUAAUGGAACCAUCACCAGAGAAACAAAAAACAAAUGCAGUAUCUUUAGAGGGAAGUUCUACAAGUUCACCUGCAGUUGACAAGCCCACAAGAAUGCCACUGAGGAGUGAGAGCAGUAAAGCCGAUACGUCCCCACAACCAGACCCUCAGUCACCGCUACCUGACAACAAAAAGCUAUCUUUGCGAUCCCAAAGGUUGUCUUUGCCCUCUACAAGCGCUCUCCCUGUACUUGGAAAGAACACUGAGGUGGUGUCACCUACCAGAACAACUCCAUCCAAAACUCAUAUCAAGUCACCUCCAUCAUUUGCUGCAUCUGUUCUGCCUCGUAGUCCCGCCUCCACUGUUAUUUCACAGAGACUAAAGCCGCCCAGACAAACCAAUAAAUUCUUGAAGGAACUGACUGGAGAAAAAAAUCAACUGCUGCUGACUAACUUAAACCUCAAAUAUGAAAAGAUGCAGAAAGGCUGGCUGCAAAUGGACAGAGAUGGUCAGCCAGCAACAAAAUAUAAAAACAAAUCAGACAGACAAGCCGCCAUAUGGAAGAGUAAACGCAGGGCCCGCAAGCCAAAGACUUUAGAACCACAGAAGUAUUCACCAGUGCAAAUGCUCUUCAGCCAAGACUUAGAUCUUUCUAGUAUUUGUCGCUGGUUCCUAGAAUCAACAGAAACCCAAUCUCUUGUCAUCGUUAAGAAAAUAAACACACGUCUUCCGUCAGAAACUCAGCUGUGCUUCCACAGUUCAUCUAGUGCAUCGGGGAUCUCUCAGGGCGUUUUUCCAAGCUUGCAGGCGGAACGCCUGAAGAAACACUUGAAAAAGUUUGCAAUCGCCUCUCCCGUAAAGAGCAACCCGAAAAGUCAGAAACUUAUAGCCAAAACGCUGGAGCAGGGAACCCCCUCCGUCAAAGGCAAAGAGAGGCAAGAACUUCCCAGCACUGCUCCCACCAAUCAGACACACGCCAGAGUUGACACUAAGGGGCAAACUAACGAAUCUCAGAAAGGUCCUGCUAAGCCAAAGAAUCCGGCUAGUGCCAGGAUUUUGAGGAAAUACUCCAAUAUUCGGGAAAAGAUGCAUGUCCAGCAAACCAAUGUUCGAAUGAAAGGUGUCUCUCAAAACUUAAAAGCUAAAAGUUUAAAAAUACCGACCAGAGAACCUGCUUCUGAGUCAGCAGUCAAUCCAUCUCAGAAGGCACCAAAAUUACCCCUUCCUGUCGCUAAACAAGUCAAAGCAAAAAAAAUAGCAGUCAGGAGAACGUUGGCUCGAAGAAAGUCUACAAGGCUUCAAGCUGUCAAGGCUCAGGACGCACCUCCAGUUAAGAGGUGUUCGCAGCGACUGAAUUCUCUGGUUGAUGCAUCAAAAAGUCAAGCAGACAAAAAGACACCAGAAGUAGACAAAGAUGCAGAAAAGCCCACUGUGAACAAAGUCAACGCUGUUAAAAAUCAAGUAAAUGAAUCGCCGGACAGAAAAGAAAUGAAAGGUGUGCAAGAAGCCCCCGAGGCAGAGGUGAAGCUUCCAAGUGCUCCAGACCAAGUGCUGACCAGAUCCCAGAGAAAUAUGAAGGCAGCAUCAAACGAUGGCUCCGUUCCCGUGACGAAGACGUCCAAGAUGGCGAAGGAGCAUGUGUCUCUUAAGUCCACCAAAAAGACAGAGGGAAUCACCAGAAAAGCUGCUGUGAAGACAAAUCGUGACGCCAUGCGGUCGCGUACGAGAGCUCAGGAACUCCUAGCGCCGCCUGCUAAACGCACCCGGAUGUCACAGUGUAUCUGACUCCUUUGUUUUAUCACUUUUAUCUGGAAUACAUUCAGAAGGAAGUCCCAACCGAACAAUGAACUUCAGUAUGCAAAUGCUUUGGCUUUGACAAAAGGUGCAGGCAAGAUUGUUUGCUGCUUCAGGGACAAAAACCUUGUUUGUUGUUUUUGUUUUUUAAAUGCAAAUGAAGAACCACAUUUACGGGUGUGUGGCUUCAAAGUGACACUAAGUAAUUGUCCCUCCAUGUUUUUUUCUCUCGUGAGAUAAAAGCUUUGCAGUCUCCGGCCCGCCUUCCAAUCACAGCCGAGUGAUCAUGGGACUGCUCUGACCAGGUGCCUUAUUUAUAAAGUUCAAAGAAUGUCUAUAUAAAUGUGAACUCUCCUCAUUUGGUUUCCCCGAGCGUAUGCAAAGAACACCCUGGAGUCGACCUAACGUAGCUGACCGGUGUUUUUCCAGCAUUACCUUUUAUUUAAGUUGCAGAAGGAUAUUUAAACAAGUGUUAGCCAAGACCGUGUAUUUGUUUCCCCUGCUGGUGAAGUACAGUACUUUGUACACGACCGUGAUCUACUACUAAAGAAGCCCACCAGGGAUGUCUUUUGGGGCGGAGUUUUGUGUUUUAGGAAUCUUGAAAGCCCGUGGAGGUUCAGACCGUAGUCAAGAGCGCAGAGUUUGUGACUAGAGUGCAGGAACUGCUUUUCUGUUGUGGAGCCAUCUUUCUUAGCAGUGCUUUUGGUGCACAGCUCCAACAAUGUGUGUUGGAACUUGUGGCUAAGAACAUUUCUCUCUGUUACUCUUUAGCGCCCCUUAAAGGGACUGUGCAUCUUCAAACUGAUUCUAUUAUCACUCAUUUCAUGUAUUUUCUGACUUCUGCCACAAAGACCUCUGCCACCCCCCCUACAGGAAGUAUGCAUUAACUUUAAAACUGCUGUCGAGCAUUAAUGGCACAUUCCAUGUUGCACCAUACAACUUUAUAUAUUGUGACGCCUUCCAUGCUAGUAACUGACUUAAGAGGGUCAAAGGAAAACCGAAAUAACAUUUUUAUCAGCACUGUUUAUUUUAUCCUGGUCAUUUUUCUUUGGAAACCCUUCCAUGUACAGUACACAAGCAUCUUGUUUUUCCGUCUUUUUAAUUAUUGUUAUUUAAGAGCUGUGCGCCGCAUCCUAAAUGUAGACCAUCCGAAACAGUCCACCAAAUAUUCAAACUUGAAUGUGUUUGUUCUCUACACUUGCUAUUUAAAGUUUAUUUCUUUUUUUGUAUAUUAGAAAGAGAAGAGUGCUUUAUUUGUGGUAAUCCCAGCAAUGACAUGUUUGUGUUAGGAAGGAUGUAUUUUUGCUGCAGCUGAUAUAAAAAUGGAUGACUUUUA